AUGUUACUGAUAAAAUGGAUUGUCUCUACUGCUGUUCUUUUCAAUGGUAUUUGUCAUGGCUCUCUGCUUCACUCAGACAUAAGAGCCAGUGUCGGGACCUUGGGGAGGAAACAUGGGCAGCAGCAUCAGCACGCUGCUAUUGUGGAAUUUCAGUGUCAGUACAUGCUCAAACAUCUCCAAAGUGGAGGCCAGAUCUCAGUGCAUAUGCCCCCCAACAUCACAGGCCACUGGGUAUCCACCAGCUGUGAGGUCAGGCCUGGGCCAGAGUUCAUCAUCAGAUCCUAUCUCUUCCACCACAACCACACCUUCCAGGUCCUCCAGUUCCUCUACCGGGACAACCGCUGCUCCUCCCCCACAUACACCCUCCUUGCCCGGGGCAAGCUGUACCUGCGCCAGGCCUCCUGGGUGGUCCGCGGAGGCACCGAGGCCGACUAUCAGCUUCACAGCGUCCAGGUUGUGUUCCACAGCCCCGAGGCAGCCAUGGACCUCAGCCAGUGGCUCAAGCCCAGCUGUGGACCUCCGUCCCUAGAUGGAGGGGGAAAGUGGGAGCCCUGGGAGCCCCACGUCAGUUAUGACCUGUGGAGUGAGGAGGAGCAGGGGGGGGACUGUGCCCAUAGGCUGGGUUUCACUAUGAAUGAGCUGCAGCUGGUGCGUGUGGAGCGGCGCCGCCAUCAUGGUGUCUGGCUCCCUGAUGACCACACAGAGGAGCUCUUCCUGGGGGACGUCCACACUGAGCACACCCAGAGGACCCACCACACACCCUCCAGCUACCAGCCGCCACUGCAGAACACCAAGAACCAUGACCGUACCUGCAGUGUCUGCCGAGUCGUUGCCGGGGCGGACGAGCACCAUCCUCCCAUCCUGCCCUGCGAAGACAACCUGCCCGUCAAACUAGAGGGCCAAUGGGUGAGCCAGCGCUGCGAGGUACGCCCUGGGGUUCUCUUCCUGACCCGCCAUUUUGUUUUCCACGACCACAACUGCACUUGGGAGGGUCACUACUGGCAUUACGCCGACCCAGUGUGCAGACAGCCAACGUUCAGCCUGUACGCCCGGGGUCACUACAGCCACGCGGUCCUAUCCACCACGGUAAUGGGAGGGACAGAGUUUGUCUUCACAGUGGACCACAUGAGGGUGACCCCAAUGGACCGGGCCACCACCUCCCUGCUCAACGUCUUCCAGGGCAAGGAGUGCGGGACAGAGGGCUCAUGGCGCCAGGGCCUGGAGCAGGAUGUCACCCCCACCCAUGGCUGUGCUGCCCUGGGCAUCCGGCUGCCCCACACCGAGUACGAACUCUUCCGCAUGGAGCGAGACUAUGCGAACCGCCUCCUUCUCUUCAACGGCCAGAGGCCCACGGAUGGCUCCAGCCCUAACCAGCCCCACAAGACAGCCACCUCCUACCAGGCUCCCCUGGUGCAGUGUGCAGGGGCUGGCCAUGGGCCAGCGGAGUGGAGGGAAACUGACGAGCUCCAAAGACUGUGGAGUAGCUGCUGCAGACACAGAGGUGGUGGCAUGGUGGAUAUGGUUAGACUACUGCUUAUUGCUGCUAUCUCCGUUCUGCAUCUCAGGUAG